CAUUGAAUAAAAUAGUUGAAUUGCAUAUCAAGAUCUGAAUAAACCUGUAUGCAGCUGCAGGCACAAAUCAAAAACAUUGAAAUUAAAUUCGCUCAUCCAGUAGUAACAUGGGAUAUGGAUAUACUCGAACACGGGAAGCAUCAGCAGAAUCCACUAUUCUACUUGUUGUGUGUGUCGCAUCUCGACUGGUUGUUAAUGGCGUAGCUGGCAGCAUUUUGUAUGCAUCUGGAGUACCGGCGGCGUAUUCAUAUCAAUACUCGUAUCCGUAUGCAUUAGCAUACUCAUCAUAUACACAACCCUCACUUGUUCUGGCCAAUCAUCUCCUUCCACUGCUGGAUGUGAACUAUGAUAUAUCAUCUCCAUUAGCCACUGUCAUUCAAAGAACUGAAACUCCCUUGAAAGAUGCUUCUUCUUUUGCUGACGACGACAACGUCGAAGAUGAUUGUGAUGAUGAUGAUGAUGAUGCCAGUAGAGGAAGCGCAGACGAAACGAAAUCUGAAGAAACUCCCAGCAAUCAAUCAUCUGCUCAACCACCAAGUUUACUUGGAAAAGAGGAAUCCUUGCCAGUAAUUCCUUCAGUGUUUUUGGACCAGACUCCCUCAACAGCAUUAGCAGCAGAUCAACCAUCUACCUUUCCAACAUCGACCCCAACCCCAAUUUUAACGGAAGAAGCAGACAAGCUGAAAUAUUAUUAUCCAAGUCUUCCCAUCACACACUAUUUCUUCUCUACCCAAACCAUUGGUAUGGCCAACAACAUCUCAGUUCCAUACGCUGCUGCAGAAGGAAAACUCCAGACCGUAUCGUAUGUCUCGUCCGAUGAUGGCAAUGGCGAAGGAUUUCGAGUGGCAGCAACAAAUUUACCCCAACCAUCAAUUGUUGCAGUAGUGGAAAUACCAGAUUCACCCGAAGUUGCCACAGCCAAAGCCGCUCAUUUGCAGGCACUAUCCGAAGCUGUGGCUAUGGCAAAUGUGAAUAGAGCCAACAAUGCUGCUGCUACUGGUGCUGGUUCUAGUGCAAAUCCAAGUGGUGACAAUGUGGUUAGUGGCUGUAAUGAGACCUCUGAGGUUAAAAGAUAG